UUCCCUCGUUUUGUGACCACCAGUAAGUCGAUUAAAACAACUCGCUAAAUCGAUUUAAAGUGGCGAUACACAAUGAAUCAAGUUGAGCUUCUGUCAGACCGAGUUUCAGCUGUUCAACUCGACGGAAGGAGAAACAGGGAGCUGCAACGCCGGGAGAGGAUCUUCGAUGAUAAUGUCCGCACUAUUGGAGUUGACAAAGAUGCUCUCGACCACCAAGUUAAAGAACUAAGAGAGAAAGACCAACGCCAAGCGAAUGAAUUUAAAAUCUAUGCUGAUGAGCUGCUGUGCAGUGAUCGUGUAGCGUGUGUCCUGGAGCAGCGGCAAAAGAAAGAUGAGCGUCUGUUGAAUGAAGCCAUUGUGCAGUUCAGACAACAGUUUCAACAACCUGCCAGCCGGCGUGAGUUUGAUCUGAACGAUCCAGAGCUGCUGAAGAAGCAGGAAGGGGUGCGGAUACUGCCGGGGCUGCCUGGAGAAGAUCUGGCCCAGAAGGACCGGUUGAGGAAGCAGCAGGAGCAGCUCAGAGCAUGGACCUUACAACAGCAAGACGAGCUGGAGCGAGCAAAACAACAGUUACACCAAGAAAUGCACCAGUAUGAUCAAAGCAGACUGGCUCUAGACAACCGAGCUCUUGAAUUGCAGAAGAUGGAGGACCAAAGCAAGAAAGCUGCAGCCAUCGCCACCAAAGACUUUAACCUUGCACUGGCUGCAGAAAUCACAAAUCGACAUCUACAGGAGCAUCAUGAAGAGGAGGAAAACAACCAGACGGACAUCCUGAACCAGCUAAACGGAGACCUGCUGAUGGAAAACCCUGAGCAGAAUAUUAGUGUGCUGGGUCUGUCUCGCCUGCGCAAGGACUAUUACAAGGGAAUGAGUGCUAAAGAGCUCCAGCAGUACACGCAAUACCAGCUGCAGCAAGCAGAAGAUAGGAAGCGUGCUGUCAUGGAGCAACGAGAGAAGGAGCUUCAGGAGCAUCACGAGCGCAUGACAUCCACCCGUGCUGCACUGCUGCUAGAAAGACAGCACGCACGCAUUAAUAAAGAGCUGCGCAGGGCAAUGGACAACACCAACGCACGGCUGGCUCAGACCCAUGAUGCUCAGAAGAAACAUCUUCAGGAUGUGUACACAAACAUUCCAGACGAGCGCUAUUUUUCCCAGUUUAAUACCAGCAGUAGAUAAAUAUUACAGAGGGAACCUGAAAGAUGAACACCAUCAGGGCUCAGUAAUCGAGGACAAUACACCGUAUCAUUUUACAGUAAACCUUGGCUUUAAAUAGACAGCGGACUCCACUAGAAGUGUUUUGGAAAGCUGCACAAUUUUUAAUAGGUCAGUAAAGAUGGUGAAUGUCAUAUGGUUGGAAACAUAUGAGUUGGAACACUUGUUUUUUAAAACAUUCAUGUUGUAAACCAAAUAAGUUGCAUAUUCACAAACAACUGAAAUCAGGUAACCUAAGUCAGCCUACAAAGGUUGUUAAAGUAAAAAUGUACUUUUAAAAACUUUAAAGGAAUAGGACACC